AGAAAUGCCAGUUUCUGAGUUCUUUUAGCAUGACAUUAACAUGAGCUGCUUCUGUAUUAUUUGAACUUUAAUAAAGCUAUAACGCAUUAAAUAUAACUGCAUUUAAGAUGUUAUGCCGGGAUGUUUCCUUUAAAGAGCUCCGCCUCCGCCUAUUCCACAACGGUACAUGCUCCUGAAUGUACUUUUUUUUUUUUUAAUGAUUCCCUAAUACUUUGGGAAAUACAUAAAAUAAACUGUGAAAGUUUAAACUCACCUGCUUUAUUUGCUUGAAUAUAUCCGGGUGUCUGUCUUUCAGGUGCUUUAUUAAGUUUGACGUGUUCCCUCCUUUCCUCAGAAAAUUGCGAAAGCAGCGUUUACAAACAGGUUUUUGCUGAUCUGUGAUGUUUCCCUUUUCAUCAGUCUCAAAUUACCUGCUUUUCCACUUUUAAUUUCGACAAGAUUCAGUUGAGACUCCGCAGCAGCUUGUCGUCAUAUUUUGCUUGUGAGCGUUCGAAAGUUCCCGCCUCUGCGUGGGUACCGGGUAGACCCGGUACUCGGCACCCCAGGUCUACCCGGUACCUUCAGAAAUUCUGGUAUCGUAAAUAAUUUUUUGUUUGAGUACCGACUUGGUACCGGUAUUUUUGACAACACUAGUUGAAAUAGGUGGCAACGUUCAUUUGGAACGCUUGGUUUUGUGAUCUAUAGGCUAUUUAAAGGGCCCUCAAAACAUUCAGAUUGUGGUCCAUCCUGCAAAUGGUCAAAUCCGUGUUUUGAGCAAAUGAAUGGCAUUCCCGCUUAAAAACAAGUGUUCCAGAGGGAGAAUGUUUCCUAUAAAUAGUGUUGCACUGGUUAUCAGAUUCAUGUCACUAUGGAUCAUCGAGAGGUUGUUGCAUUUGCAACUGCAUAAUUACCUGUUAGACGUCGGAGAAUGCUCUGGGUUCACGAGAUUCUCCAAGGCCGUCGGCAGCUCGGGGAGUAUUACCGGCGGGUGCAGGAGUUGCGGCUGGAUGAUGUCAGGUUUCAGAGAUAUUUCAGGCUUGACGGAGACCAAUUUCAGACACCUUUGUCCAUGCAUCAUUUUACUUAUUUAUAUCCCUGUAAGCAAACAGGGACAGAUCGUAUAUAACAGGAAAACCCGCCAUGGCAAUAAUCAGUUUCUCCUCCAUUUUGUCUUCAGAACGAAUGUUUGGUGGGAACCAAAGUUUACACGGUUGUGUUCUCUAGACUUCACUAGAGCGGAGCGCUUCUAUAUUCCAAUAGGUUGCCGCCAAACCGUGUCACAGCUCAUUAUCAUAAUGGCGCCCGCACUUUAACUUUCCUAUAACGCCCAAGACAGCGCUUUUCGCUGCCGAGAGACGCUGGCUGCCAUAGAAUAUGAAAGUCUUCUGGUCGAUUUAAGUUGAGCGAGUUGGCGCUCCACUCAAAUAUUGGUCAUGUGCGAUUGCUCAACUCCAACGCACAAGUUCAAAAGUCAUUGCGUAUGAGCGAGAGCGAUGUUGGAGCGUCACACCUGUUGCAUUACGUAAAAAAGGCAUACAACCUAAUGUUUAAUGGCGCAAAUAACAACUGCACAAAUAACGCUACUUAAAUAGUAGUAAACCAUACAGACGUCUGCGGUAGCCUAAUAAAAUUAUUUUAAAUUCAGAUAAAAUGUAUUGGAUUAAAUCAAUCUGUGUUUUGAACGCUCUCGCCGCGCUACGCUCCAACUAAGCUCCGCCCACAUGCUCUGACCGAGAGUGUCUUAAAGCAAAUAGCACAUGAGAAACAGAAUUGCUGUAGCAAUUUAUGCCACUUUGUUGUGCUUCUAUGACACUUUUGGCUCACGUGUCCCACUUUUGGUGCAUGCCCUUCAGGACUCGUACUCCAGUCAUCUGCAUUGCUAUGGCAACGCUUUAUCAGUUGAGCUACUGUGCAAUUUGAUCAUGCUUAAAUGAGCAUGUCAAUUUAGUUGGUUAUGUUAUGCACCCAUAGACUGUAAAAAAAGAUGGCCGACGCCCCUUCGCUCUUUUCCAUUGGUGAGAACUGAAGCCGCCAGUGUCCCGAUAUGGCGCUGACAUCUUGGGACUUGAGUCUGCGCAGUUGCGAUUUCGGGACCAGACCUGCGCGGUAGUGAGCAGGAUGUAAAGCCACGAAAUCAAGGCCCCGCCCUCACUCUCGCCGAAUCAAUCGCAAGCACACGCCCCUGCACUUUUGACUUAUGACGGUGUGAAAUAAUUAAUUAUAGAAAUUUAGAUAUUACAUUUAAAGCUCCAAUCUCCUCAGUCCUCCGAAGAUCCCCAAAAAAAGUCAGUUGGUGCUUCAGUGACUUCGCUCAGAGAACCUGUCAAUCACAGCUGUCAAUCAUGAUGUCACAGCAGCGUUUUAAUCAAAUAACUAAAAACAAACUUAUUUUGAAAACAAACACUUGAAAUGACAUCAACGUGAUAGAAAUGACAGUAAAUGACAGAAACUAUCUUUGGAAAAAAGAUAUGUGAAGUGUAAUUUAAUUGUUUAGUUGGUCUCACGUCCCGUUGAAUAACAUGGGGAGGCGAGGCUUAUGACCUAUACUAGGACCAGUCACCGGGGGGCGAUCGAGACGUUUUGGCUUCACUUUUGAGGGUUUGUGCGGCACAUAUCUUGGUAUGUUUUUGGAGCUGGGAGAUUAGCUCGCUUGUAAUGAAUUUAAGACUUUAUCACUGAUUGUUUGCUGUAUGUAUUGUUGCCCAAAGUGUCCAAAAGGUAAUUCUUUUCUUAGGUCAGUUACUCAAGGGUCUUAAACGUUUCAGUGUGUGGAUUGGUAAUCCCUCAGCACUUUAAGCUGUUCUUGGCAGCUGUUUUUGUUUCCUAGAACCUUAUCAAAACACGCCAGCUUUGGCGCAAAUAGCCGAUAUAUUAUGAUUAACAUGACAUGCUGAGUACUUAUUUUAAACCUUGUCUGCAGAAGUGCCACGGUGACGGCAUGCAGUUUUUCAGUACCAAUCUGUCAACCCACACAAGCUGGCACGCCACACUCCAUUUUAAGAGAUGCUGACAGCAACACGGAUUGAUUUAUUCUUUCUUUUCUCUCUCUCUCUCUCUCUCUCUCUCGUGAUCUUUUGGUAGUAUAUACUCAAGUGGUUUUUUACACUCUGAACACUUAAAAUUUCAUUAUUUGAAAGAAUGCAUUCCCAGAGACAAUCAAACAGUGAUGCGCCCAUUUACACACACACACACACACAACACACUAUACACACACACACACACACACACACUAUACACACACACACACUCACUCACACACACGCUCACUCACACACACACACACACACUACACACACGCUCACACACACACUACACACACGCUCACUCACACACACACACACACACUACACACACGCUCACACACACACUACACACACGCUCACUCACACACACACUACACACACGCUCACUCACACACACACAACACACACGCUCACACACCACACAACACACUAUACACACACACACGCUCACUCACACAACACAACACACACUACACACACGCUCACACACCACACAACACACUAUACACACACACACGCUCACUCACACAACACAACACACACACACACACACAACACACACUACACACACGCUCACACACCACACAACACACUAUACACACACACACGCUCACUCACACAACACAACACACACACACACACUACACACACUCUCACACACACACUACACAUUACACACACGCUCACUCACACACACAACACACACUACACACUACACACACGCUCACACACCACACAACACACUAUACACACACACACGCUCACUCACACAACACAACACACACACACACACACUACACACACUCUCACACACACACUACACAUUACACACACGCUCACUCACACACACACACACUACACACACUCUCACACACACACUGCACACUACACAUUACACACACGCUCACACACACAACACACACUACACACUACACACACGCUCACACACCACACACACAACACACACUACACACUACACACACGCUCACACACCACACAACACACUAUACACACACACACACACGCUCACUCACACAACACAACACACUACACACACGCUCACUCACACACACACACAUACACACACACACACUACACACACUGCACACUACACACACGCUCACACACCACACAACACACUAUACACACACACACACACGCUCACUCACACAACACAACACACUACACACACGCUCACUCACACACACACACACACACUGCACACUACACACACGCUCACUCACACACACAACACACACUACACACUACACACACGCUCACACACCACACAACACACUAUACACACACACACACACACGCGCUCACUCACACAACACAACACACUACACACACGCUCACUCACACACACACACACACACAUGCUCACACUACACACACUCACACACACACACACACACACACGCUCACUCACACAACACAACACACUACACACACACACACACACACACGCUCACUCACACAACACAACACACUACACACACGCUCACUCACACACACACACACACACACACACACACACACACACUACACACACUCACACACACACACACACACACGCUCACUCACACACACACACACACAACACACACUACACACACGCUUACUCACACACACACUACACACACUCUCACACACACUCUACACACACGCUCACUCACACACACUACACACACGCUUACUCACACACACACUACACACACUCUCACACACACACUACACACACGCUCACUCACACACACUACACACACGCUUACUCACACACACACUACACACACUCUCACACACACACUACACACACGCUCACUCACUCACACACACAACACACACUACACACACAACACACACUACACACACGCUUACACACACACUACACACACGCUCACUCACACUGCACACACGCUCACUCACACACCACUGAAAGUAAUUAUUGUUAAUUAUUAUUAUAUAUAUAUAUAUAUAUUUUUUUUUACUCACUUGUUCAAUACAGAAUUUGUUCUACUGUUAUUUGUCAUGCCAAUAAAGCUCAUUUGAAUUGAUUUGAU